UAAUUGCAAAGGGCUGGCUUGAACUUGGGGUCCCGGACUCGGGGUCCCCGGGGGGGGCACCGCUACAAUCCACGCUCAUCCUGGGAGACCCCCGGACCCAACACCGACGGGGGGCCCCUAGGCGCUCGAACCCAUCACACCUGCUUCGCUCUCCACUCCUCCCCGCCCUGGGCCCCCGCGCUCCGCCGAGGUCGGCCCCGGGGCGCCGAGAGGCGUGGCCGGCCCGCGCGAACCUGGAGGCAGCCAUGGCCUCGAUGGUGGAGUACAAGGGACUCAAGGCCGGCUACCGCUGCGGCUACUGCGACUCCGAGGAGGGCAAGGCGUCCUGUGGCAUGUGGGCACAUUCAAUGACUGUGCAGGAUUAUCAGGAUCUCAUAGACCGAGGAUGGCGAAGAAGCGGGAAAUAUGUGUACAAACCUGUCAUGAAUCAAACAUGUUGUCCUCAGUACACUAUAAGGUGCCGACCUUUACAGUUUCAGCCAUCAAAAUCUCACAAGAAGGUUUUGAAAAAAAUGUUGAAAUUUCUGGCUAAAGGGGAAAUUUCAAAAGGAAAUUGUGAGGAUGAGCCCAUGGAGCCCACCAUGGAGGAUGCCGUUUCCAGUGACUUUGGGUUAAUAAAUAAAUUGGAUAUACACUGUGACCUUAAAACUCUCAAUGAUGACCUCACAAAGAGCUUAGAGAGUGAAGAGAAGAAGAAAGCAAAGAGGGAAGAAUCUGAUGAAAUAACCCAUUCACAAGAUAUGAAAGAGAAGUUGGGCUCUGGUGAACCAUCGUGUUCAGUUAAAGUGCAUACAGCUCCUCAGCCAGGCAGAGGAGCAGAUUUGAGUAAGCCUCCAUGUCGAAAAGCAAAGGAAGUCAGGAAAGAAAGGAAAAGGUUAAAACUCAUGCAGCAGAACCCAGCUGGAGAACGUGAGGGCUUGCAAGCUCAGUGUCAGCCCUCAUCUUUGCUCCCAUCAAAGACUAAAUCCAACCAACCCAAGUCACUUGAAGAUUUAAUUUUUGAAUCUUUACCAGAGAAUGCAUCACACAAGUUAGAGGUGAGGGUGGUGAGAUCAUCUCCACCAAGUUCACAGUUCAAAGCCACAUUUCAGGAGUCUUACCAGGUCUAUAAACGUUACCAGAUGGUUGUUCACAGGGACCCGCCUGAUAAACCAACUGUGAGCCAGGUGAGGUUAGUACCUGUCUCCUUUGAGGACCCAGAGUUCAAGUCGUCCUUCAGCCAGUCAUUUUCUUUGUAUGUCAAGUAUCAAAUGGCCAUACACCAGGAUCCGCCCGAUGAAUGUGGGAAGACCGAGUUCACAAGAUUCCUUUGCAGCUCUCCUUUGGAGACAGAGAAUUCCCCUAAUGGACCAGAUUGUGGUUAUGGCUCCUUUCACCAGCAGUACUGGCUUGAUGGGAAGAUCAUUGCUGUGGGGGUGAUUGACAUUCUUCCAUACUGUGUAUCAUCUGUAUAUUUGUACUACGAUCCUGAUUACUCAUUUCUGUCUUUGGGUGUCUACUCUGCGCUCCGAGAAAUUGCUUUUACUAGGCAACUUCAUGAGAAAACACCUCAACUCAGCUAUUACUAUAUGGGUUUCUACAUUCAUUCAUGUCCCAAGAUGAAAUAUAAGGGUCAGUACAGACCGUCGGAUUUGCUGUGUCCUGAGACAUAUGUUUGGGUCCCCAUUGAGCAGUGCCUGCCCUCACUUGAGAAAUCCAAGUACUGCCGUUUCAACCAGGACCCGGAAGCAGUGGACGAAGGUCGCAGCAAGGAGCCUGACCGCCUGCAGGUGUUCUACAAGAAAGCCAUAAUGCCUUACGGUGUUUACAAGAAGCAGCAGAGAGACCCGAGCGAGGAGGCGGCCGUGCUGCAGUACGCGAGGCUGGUGGGGCAGGCGUGCUCCGAGCGGAUGCUGCUGUUCCGAAACUGAUCAGGCGUUGGCCUCUCCCGACCCCUGGGCCCCUGGGCGCUCCUGCGCUGCCCUGCUGACGUGUGCCACGGUGCAAGUUCAUCACUCGGGGGAAACUCUGUAACCCUCCCCAGGUUCGACUUUCUAAUUUUGAUGGCUACGUAGCUUUUCUAAAAUAUUUUGUGGCAUAUGUAUUUGUGAAAAUCUCAUGGUUAAUGACAAAGAUUUUAAAACCAUGUUAUGACAUCGACUCAUAAUUGGGGUUGAUUGUUUCAGAAGUCUGCUUCAUGAACAAGAGAUGAUUAACUUCUCUUGUUAAUAUUUUGGGAGAUAAAAAUGUAUAAGUGAACCUUAAGUAAUUUAAAUCGCAGUUGUACUUUUUUUUGUUCUGUUAGAGAAAUUAAAACAGACUUUUUCUUCAGAUCCACUUAAAACAUCAGUCUCUGCUGAAAAAACCUCAAGUGUGGGGAAGAAGGUGAGAAUUCUGUUUGGUCACUUAGAAAACGUCUUCUCAAGGGAUCAGGACUGGGAUGCUGUUCAGUGUUCAAUAUCACUUUACUGCUGAAUGUUACAUUACGUAGUUUCACAGAAAACUUGAGAAAAGGAAACAGUACAAACUUACAGAAAAGGAUGUUGUGUUAACAUCGAGUGUCUGUUUACCCAGGACAGUCUCAUUCGUGUCUGCUGUCUUGGCGCGAUUAUUUUUCCUAGAAUAAUUAUUUGUCAUGUUCCUUUUUACUCUGCAAAAUAUCCCAGUUUGGACAAUAAAAUAUGCGAUUACCCUAGUUAUAUAUUGUCCAGACUGGGGUAGCCUGCUUUAUUUCUCAAAAUCUAACAAGUAAGAGGUUGUUUUUAGAAAAUUGGUGCCUCCUGCCUUGACCUAAGCCCCUUCAAAGAUACAUAUACGCUAGUUUUUAUUUUCUUAGAACUCAGGACACUGGUCUUUGGUUAUUGGUUAAAAAUUAGUUUCUCUCUGACUACUUUUAUAGCUAUGCUACACAUCGCAUUUAGUGACAUAGGACGCAUUGUGAACUCUGUUUCAGGGCAGGAGGCAAAAGCACCCACUUCCUGCUCUUUGAUUUGGAAGUCAGAGAGGAGAUGCCGCACGUAGUAAUCUCAGCAGAGGUGGGCCCUGUGUCCCUCUGUCUUGUCUCUCUGGCCCUUCACUCGGUCAGCAGUCCCUUGGCCCCCACCUUAAGGAUGGCAGGCACUGUGCCAGGAGGCAGGGAGGGAGCAGGCAUGUCCCCUCAUGGUUGAGCCACGCCGCAGACGGUGACGGAUGGACGGAGGAGCUUACUCUCCUGUGCAUCUUUGCAGCUGGCCACCAUCUGCUGCCACAUGCCUGGCCACUGAGUCCUUUUCAUUUCCUGUUUUGUCCAUUUUCCCAUUUUCUACUGAUCUUUUUUUAAAAAAGCCAUUUUAUUAAACUUAGUGGCUUGAUUUUAAACUUUUCUCCUAAAUGCACUGAGUUGAGAUAUAAAAUAUUAGAAAAUAAUUCCAGCUACCUAGGCUAAAAAGGAUCCCAAGAGAAUGAUUUUAAAAAUCGAAUGUCUAGAAGUUCUAGAUCCAAAUAAAUUGUAUUUAUUCACUCACACAGAAAAUGUGUGUGUGUGUGUAACACCUAUCAAGGGCAGGUGCUUAGCUAAUGGGGGAACAGAAUAGUGAUGAUGUGGAUUUUGCAUACUCUGGAAUUUUGCCCUUCAAAAUAGUCUCCCAAGAGCAUUUGAUAGGCUCUUACUUAGAACUGCCUUCAGAAUCUAUAGAACAUUAAAAAAAAAAAAAAUUUCCCUCUAAAGUGAAGUUAGCUUUUUUCAUUUAUGAAAAGGAUACUCUGAAGCAAGUAAACUUGAAGAAAAGCAUACAUAAAGAAAGUAAGAGUGAUCUGAAAUCUUACUGAGUUGAAAGAAACUUCAAAAUAGGACUUUAGAAAUACUUUAAGCAAUCUCAGUGUUAAAGUACAUAGUAAGUGCACACCUGGUACCCUUGGCUUUGGAAUGUCCAGUGUGAUGUCAUCAGGCGUGUUAAACUGCUCUUAUCGUAGUGAUUAGCAUGCAGAGUGGAAUUCAUUACGAUCACAACUCGAGUACCAAAUGAAGAGAAAGCUUGAAUCUUACUUUUUACCGUGACUCAGGCUUCUUCCCGCAGAAUUCAGCCCCUACCUAGGAAUGGGGUGCUGACCCUGAGGGUGGCCUCCUAGGUUGGCUGCAGUGACGCUCCAGAGAGAGUGAAGACUCUACUACUCGGUUGGUGUAUUCUAUUCUUGUGUUGUUGUUUUUGAGAGUAGGUACUAUAUCAAUCCUAAUGAACAAAGUAUCUUCAAAAGACAAUUAUUUGUUCUUUGGAGCCCUCACUGAGUGAAUGUUGUUAGUGGGCUAGGAAAGUACAGUCAAGAAAAGUGACUUGACUUGGUCAGUUGACAGUCUAGCUGAGGAGUCUGAUUUUAUGUUAAUGGCUUACAUCUAAAGAUGGACACGUGAGGACGUUGCCAAGACAGUUUAUAUCUUGUCAAGGCUAGAAGCUUUGCAAUUGCAGUCUUCAUGUUGUAGUCUGUUUCUGGUUUCAGAUUAAACUUAACACCUGCCUCCCUGUCUUGGGAACAAAAAUGUAAUAGAUUCUCCGUGAUACCAUCUUUAUUUAAAUUAUUUCAGUUCUGUGAGACCUUUAUCUUAUUUUUUUAAAUGUAAUCUGAGCACUUUUCUUUUGUAUUCUGAAAGAUAGAGGCUAUUAUCAGAUGAAUAUAUUAUUCAUUUGAUUAAAAUUAUUUAGAUAAGAAAUUAUUACUGUUUAUGUUUACUUUCAAACUGCUUAUUCUGAUUUUUAUCCAUUUUGCAAAAUAUCAUUUGUAUAUGACUUCUUAUGUAUGGGAAUUUAUUAUAUAAAUGAACCUUUUCAGAUUUCUGGACAGUAUAUGGUUUGAUUUUAUAGGCUUUUUUUUUUUUCCAGUAGGAUAAAGAUAAGAAAGAUGAUCAGUUACUUAAAAUGUAUGUGUUGUUGCUUACUUUAAAGAAGGAAAUAAAUAGAAACAAUUGGGAAAUGUUUGAAUUAGAAGUUACCCAAAUGUGUAUUAUUUUCCAAAAGAGAACCAGUGACUAUAAAAGGCAAAACAAGUUUGAUUGCAUGUGACAUUUUUUGCACUUCUCUAUGCUUUUUGAACAGUCCAUUUGAUAAAGCUUGAAUAAAACUUUCUAUCUGCAA